AUGGCGAACAAGCCAAGCCGAGGAUUGGUGUUAUACGGGGACGGGUUGGCCCGUUUCAUUGAGCCAUCACAUGCCCACCUCCACUCUCUCGCAUCUAAAGCCAACUGUGGUUUUUUGAGCCUCCCUAAUGCGCCUCCUUCAGAAAGCGAGGAUGAUAGGAUAGUAAGAGAGUUUGCGGUACUGAUGGAUGCGUGCGAGGCAUAUUUUAACCAGAAUGGGCAACUUUCUACUGAAGCAAAGUUCCAGAAGUCAUCCUUGAUUCCAACCAUGUCAGACAGGUUCAUGGGAAUGAGAGCUGCUCUACUGACUAACAGUUAUGAAUUAUUGGGGUUGCUUGGAUUUCAAGAAGGAAAGAUAUUAGAUACCAGCCAAUUUGAUUUAGUAAUUGUGCAUAUUGGAUCUGAGGAGAAUUUGAAUGAUGAAAAAGGCAAAGGUACUGCAGGUGAUAUAGAAUUCAUGAAUGCUUUACUUGGUGCUAUUAUGCAUGUAGCUCAGCUUGGAACUGAAAUUGCUUCCUGUCUACAUUUGUCCCUCGUUAUGAGCUACGGCUACGUGUCAAAGGUUGAUGAGUUUGGUUUGUCAAUAUUAAGCAAUAAUUAUGAGAAUAAUUCUCCUCUUUCAACACUCUUCCCUCAUCAGAGUUUACUGUUCGUCAUUGCCGGCUCAAGGGUAAAAAUCAUCAAAACGGUGGCUUUAAGUUUUUAA